AGAGACACAUCAUUAUCAUAAGCACAGAUGUAAUUUUCAAAAAAAUCCAUAAAGUCCUGAAUUCCUAAAGUUAGUAUAUUAACUGCUAGACCAGACUGAGACUUUUCAGUUCUCACCUCUUCUAAAACUCAAAAAAAGCAGAUUCUAAAAAAAAUAAAAUAAAUAAAAAUAGUCAAAUGGCUUAUACUCUUGAAAACAGACCAAAAAUGAUACUGCUUUUCUUGAUUUUAGCUUCUUUUAUGCAGUUAUGUUUUGGUGUUGUUUAUAAGGUUGGAGACUCAGCUGGUUGGACAACUAUUGGUAAUGUUGAUUACAAACAAUGGGCUGCUAAUAAAACUUUUUCAGUUGGAGAUGUUAUUGUAUUCCAGUACAGCCCACAAUUCCACAAUGUGAUGCAAGUGAAACAUGCUGAAUACCAGUCCUGCAAUGCAUCUGCUCCUAUUGCAACACACACAACUGGGAAGGACUCCAUUACUAUAGCUACUCAUGGCCACCAUUUCUUCCUAUGUGGUGUACCUGGCCAUUGCCAAGCUGGACAGAAAGUCGAUAUCAACGUUCUUCGCGCCUCAUCAUCCCCGUCUCCAUCGCCCUCUCCUUCGUCGUCGUCGAGUACCGUCCCUGCUCUAGCAGUACCUUCACCUUCUCCUAGUCAUGCCUCUUAUUGGCUUCCUAGCAAAAUUGGUGUUUUCUUGGCUGUUUCUUUAGUUCUUGUCAGUUUUGCUUGAGGAGUGGAAACUAGUCUUUUGGAUUUUGCUAAGGUUUAGUUUUUUGAUAUAUGGUUGUGGAAUAUGUUGAUCAUGACCUAAAGUUUGACGUGGUUUGAGAACACUAGUUUCUCUUGUUUUUACAGGAAUGUAAUAAUUGUAAGACAUUUUUCUAUCAGUUUUGUCAUGGCAGUACAAAACUUGUACAAGAUUGUACUUUUUGUUUCAUAUCAUAAAUUUAUACAUAAAGCUUGUUGGUUCGUUUGCU